AUGGACCAUCUAACUGAUCUUCUGGCUCGCAAAAACCCUCCCAAGUCAGCCGGGUUCGACUGGCAGAUGUACCGCUACAUCCCCUCCCUCGCCGGCGCCAUAAUCGGCAUGAUCAUAUUCUUCACGCUCACACUUCUGCUCCUGUGGCAAUGGUUGCGAACGCGAAACCACUUACUCCUCUUCGUCAUCGUUGGUGCAACAUGCGAAGUAGGCGGGUACGCAGCACGAACGGGUUCGCACUUCGACAACGAAGCAUGGGGCCCCUUCAUCGCACAAGGCACUCUCCUCCUCGUCGGGCCCCUCUUCUUCGCAGCUACCAUCUACAUGAUGCUCGGACGCACAAUAGUCCUGGCCGGCGGCGAAGACGUGUCGCUCAUCAAGCCGAGAUGGUACACACGCGUCUUCGUCGGAGCAGAUAUCUUCACACUGGUGCUUCAAGGAUUCGGUGCUUCCAUCAUGGGUACUAUGAAGCUCAAUCUCGCGCUUGCGGGCGAGAAAAUCGUUAUCGCCGGCCUUGCUCUCCAAGUUGCGACCUUCGUCUUCUUUCUCAUUGCAGCUAUCGACUUCCAAAUCCGCAUGGAGCGCAAAGCUGCCGUCCCAUCCUCCCACGGCACGGCUGCGAGCACCGACUGGAGGAAGAUUCUGUGGAUAUUAUACAGCGUCAGCUCGCUGGUGCUCUUCCGUUGCAUAUUCAGACUGAUUGAGUAUGCGAUGGGUAAUGCGGCAUAUUUGAUUGCGCAUGAGUGGACACUGUACGUGUUCGAUACUGUGCCGAUGUUCUUAACGGUGGUGAUAUUGCUGGUGUUGCAGCCAACGAAGUAUGUAGCGAAGGAGUAUAGGAAAGGGUCUGGGGGUGAUUUGGGGGAUGAGUCGCAGCUUGAGAAUGGGGAGGCCAAAUAG